AUGCUUCUCAAAGCCUCUGCAGCCUCCUCUCACUUGCUUGCUCGCGGGGACAGUUUUGGUCCUCUGUUUUCCUCUGGGCCGUCGUCGCCACCGCUGUCCAUUUCGUACUCGUUCUCGCCUCUGAACUCCUCCACAUCUCUGUCUUCGAUUCUCCGGUUCCCUCCGGCGAAAAAUGAAAGUGGGGUCGUCGUCUGCGCGUCGAAGAAUGCGACUAACCGGCCGCUUACCGGUGUGGUUUUCGAGCCGUUUGAGGAGGUGAAGAAGGAGCUCGAUCUCGUUCCUACUCUCCCCCAAUUCUCUCUGGCCCGCCAGAAGUACACUGACGAAAGUGAGGCCGCCAUUAACGAGCAGAUCAAUGUGGAGUACAACGUCUCGUACGUAUACCAUGCCUUGUACGCCUAUUUCGAUCGGGACAAUGUUGCUCUCAAGGGUCUUGCCAAUUUUUUCAAGGAAUCGAGUGAGGAAGAAAGGGAUCAUGCUGAGAAAUUUAUGGAAUACCAGAAUAAGCGUGGUGGAAGAGUGAAAUUGCAGUCUAUUCUGAUGCCUUUGUCUGAGUUUGAUCAUCCAGAGAAAGGAGAUGCUUUGUAUGCAAUGGAGCUUGCAUUAUCUUUGGAGAAACUGACAAAUGAAAAGCUGCUCCUUUUACACAGUGUUGCUGAGAAGAACAAAGAUGUGCAGUUAACAGAUUUUGUUGAAAGCGAGUAUUUGACCGAGCAGGUGGAAGCCAUCAAGAAAAUCUCUGAAUAUGUUGCUCAACUAAGGAGAGUCGGAAAAGGACACGGGGUCUGGCACUUCGACCAGGCACUGCUCAACGGGGAUGCUGUUGCAGCGUGA